CGCUCGAUGCGCACCAUCAUCCCGAGCUCAUCUCUCUUCUUCCUCCGUUCCCCACGUCGGAAAAGAGGGAGGAAAAAAUUACCUCCUUCCACAACCGCCGUCCCCCGAGAUGCGCCGCCUACCUGCUGCUCCUCCCCGCCCACUUCUCCACCCGCACGUCUCCCCCGCGCUCGGAGUCCUGCAACAGCAUGACCGAGUGGCGAUGGCAAGGACGAUCCCCGUAGUAUGCUGCUCCUACCUCCUACCAAAUCGCAGGACGCCCAGCCAGGGCGCUGAAUUCGAACCUCUACGAUCCAGACCGACCGAUCGGGACCGGGGCUCCGCAAUGACCCGAGCGAAUCCCGUAGCGGCGAGCGGCGGCGAGGCGUCGCCGUCGCCGUCGCCGGAUGGCGGCAGGAACCCGUUCGCCCCGCUCGUCGAGCUGUGGCGCCGGACGAUGCAGCCUCUUGGGGACUACGGAUUCGGCAAGCGCAGCGUCUGGGAAGGCGGCGUGGGGCUCUUCAUGGUCUUCGGGGCGGCCCUGCUGGCGCUCGCGCUCGGCUGGCUCCGGGGGUUCCAGCUGCGCUCGCGCUUCCGCAAGUACAGCGCCGUGUUCGAGUUCAGCCAGGCGUGCGGGAUCUGCGUCGGCACGCCCCUCAGGAUACGCGGUGUCACCGUCGGGAGCGUCGUCCGCGUCGACUCUUCACUCAGGAGUAUUGAUGCCUAUGUUGAGGUUGAAGAUGAUGAAAUUAUUGUGCCCCGUAAUUCAUUGGUUGAGGUGAAUCAAUCUGGCCUCCUAAUGGAGACAAUGAUCGAUAUUACACCAAAAGAUCCACUCCCAACACCUUCAGUUGGUCCACUGGAGGCAGACUGUUCCAAAGAAGGCUUAAUCCUCUGUGACAAAGAGAGAAUGAAAGGACAACAAGGAGUAAGCUUAGAUGCAAUGGUGGGUAUAUUUACCCGUCUAGGAAGAGACAUGGAGGAAAUUGGUGUUCACAAAAGCUUCAAGUUGGCGGAAAAGGUUGCAUCUAUAAUGGAAGAAGCACAACCUCUCCUUUCACGGAUUGAAGCAUUAGCUGAAGAAGUUCAACCUUUGCUCUCGGAGGUGCGUGAUAGUGAUCUUGUGAAGGAUGUGGAGACUAUAGCUAAAGGCCUGGCUGACGCAUCUGGUGAUUUAAGAAGGUUGAAAUCCUCCAUGCUUACCCCUGAGAACAGUGAUCUAAUCAAGCAGUCUAUAUUCACCCUUAUAUUUACUCUGAAGAACAUUGAGAGUAUUAGCUCGGACAUCUCUGGUUUCACCGGCGACGAGGCGACACGGCGGAACAUCAAGCUGCUGAUCAAGUCCCUCAGCAGACUAUUGUGACCCCUCAGUUGAACUGAACAACGUGGAUAUCCGUAGAGUAGGCCAUCCGUCCAGAUGGGGUCGGAGCAUCUUUAAGAAGAUAAGCUGAUUUUUUUUUCUGCAUUCUUGUCAAGAAAAGCAGUAUUUAUUCUUGUCGUCGAGUUAUGCUAGGCCCAUUUUUGUUUUGUGUUUUGUGCAGCACGGUGUGGUUGAGCAAGUGCAAACAAGGAAUACUCCCAUUGUUUCUUACCGGUGGCAUUCCUUGAUCGGUCUGUCGUCGUCGGUACGGCACAAUUCAACGCAGCAGGCUUAGUAGGACCAAUAGCUACUGGUAGCACAUCUCACCAUCGGUCAAUUCAAUCCUUGGACUUGUGCUCUCUGCUUUUGUUUGUGUGGUGGAAGUGGAAUGGAAUCAAACGCGACGACGAAUGUAGCCUCACAACGGGUGCAUCGGUCCAGUUUCGAUCGUGUGGUCUUCCAUUUCGUGCCUCGUCGGAUAUAAGCGGCAGUAUGUUACUAUAUUCAUUAUUUUUCCAGUUUCAAUUGCGUGUGCGUGCAAAACAAGCUGCAGGCCGUGCACGCUAGGCGCCAAGCCAAUAAAUAAUCCAGCGCCGUUUCCAUUCA